AUGCCCAAGGAAGCUACCCAGACCAAGACCCGCAAGGCGGCCGCAAAGAAGACCGACGGCAAGAAGACCCGCGCAAAGAAGGACAAGAACGCCCCCAAGCGCGGUCUCUCUGCCUACAUGUUCUUCUCCCAAGAUCACCGUGAACAGGUGAAGAAGGAUCACCCCGACGCAAGCUUCGGUGAGCUCGGGAAGAUCCUCGGCGGCAAGUGGAAAGAGAUGGACGAUGAUGACAAGAAGCCGUACAUCAAGCAGGCAGCCGAAGACAAGGCACGGUACGAGCGGGAGAAGGAGGAGUACGAGUCCGGCAAAGCCGCCUCUGGCUCUGGCGAGGAGGCCGAGGACGACGACUAA